AGGUGCAGAUCGAAGCCGCCACUCGUGUUACGCCUCAUCGUUUCUUGAUCGCGUUGGCUAGCAGUUUAAAGGGAACAUAAUGUGUGAGGUGUGUCACUGGCUGCAACUCGGAGCGGACUAACCAUCGCUGUAACCGUGAACUGACACACACACACACACACACACACACACAUCCACGCAUACAACAACAACAACAACAACAACAACAACAUCAAGGGAUAUACAUUAAGUAAAAGAAAUAUUCGAUACAUGUAAAUAAGAAAAUUGGACCACACUACGGUAAAUCAGAACUGUACAUUAUUACUACGUAAAUACAACUAGGUAAACACACACACACACACACACACACACACACACACACACACACACCACUCUUCACUGAUUUACUAGUAGAGUUUGAAACCAAAUUAUCAAGUUUACGCUACGAAAAAAAAGAGUUUUAUCUGUGAUAGUCGAGUUGCUCCCCCACUGCACUGCCGUUAACACCGACUACCUGCCUAUCUCCCUCUCUGAGAUAAGCCUAACUCUCCUCCCCCCUGAGACAUUCAGUGGACCGACGCCUUGGUAAACGCAUGGCUUCCAACGACUUCGGUGGUCAAGUGGCACUCGUCACAGGUGGUGGCAGUGGCAUCGGGCGCUUCACCUGCCUCAAGCUGGCGCGGGACGGUGCUAAUGUGGUGGUGACGGAUGUCAGCCUGGAAGCAGCCCGUCAAACCCUCAGUAUGAUGCCCAAACCUGAAGACCACCUGGCGUUGCAGAUGGACGUGACGCGGCAGAGCGAUGUACAGGGCGUGAUCGCAGCCUCCCAGGAUAGGUUUGGGAAGCCUCCCAGCCUGCUGGUCAACAGCGCGGGGAUCGGAUUAUUGGCACCAUUUCUGGAUGCAACAGAAGCUUGUAUAGAUAAAUAUACCAGCAUCAAUCUUAAGGGCACCAUCCUCGUGACUCAGGCCUUCAUCAAGACGCUGCUGGAAGGAGAUGACAGGCCAGGAGAGGGGAAGGGUGCUGUAGUCAACAUAGCCAGCAUGGCUGGCAAAACAGGUUUAGCUGGAAUGACAAUCUAUGCAUCCACCAAGGCCGGUGUCAUUGCCUUCAGCAAGUCUUGCGCCGCCGAGAUGGCCAGAAAGGGCAUAAGAGUGAACUGUGUAUUGCCGGCCCUGAUCGACACGCCCAUGUCUACUGGCAUCACGGAGGAGAAACACCGCAGCUACUGUGCAAAGAAUCCCUUAGGAAGACUUGGCAAACCAGAAGAAGUGGCUGAGGUGGUCGUGUUUCUGUUGUCAAGGCGCAGUAGCUACAUGGUGGGCGCCUGCUUGGAGGUCUCCGGGGGGACCGACAUGUGAUCACCGCCGGAGGUGAGACAAGGAGGCACAGCUGGUGGGUUGUUAAUAUGAUCCUGCUUGGCCUUUUUUUGCUUUCUUCACUGAAUUAAGGAAGGAAUAAAGUCUUGGAAAUAA